AUGUCCUAUUCAGUCACUGUACAGUCUCUUGUGGUCCAUGUGUACAAACAGAAUGUCCACUAUGGAGAAUCUCUAUGUGGGAGUGUUCCACCAACUGUAGAAACUGAUAUUCAAGAAAGCCUUGACCUGGUUAACCAUUUCUGUGAACAGGUCCUCAAUUUUUUACUUUGUCCCUACUUUCCUGUCGUAGCCCCAUCUUCCCCUGGUGUCGACUCCGUACCCUUACAGCGCACAGGCAGUCAACUCGCCACACAGAAUGCAUCAGCGACCUUCCAGAGGGCCAGCUAUGCUGCCGCCCCUGCCUCCAAUUACGCAGAUCCCUACCGACAGCUGCAGUAUUGUCCUUCUGUUGAAUCACCAUACAGCAAAUCUGGACCAGCCAUCCCACCUGAGGGAACCUUGGCUAGGUCACCUUCUAUUGAUAGCAUUCAGAAAGAUCCCAGAGAGUUUGGAUGGCGAGAUCCAGAACUACCAGAAGUUAUUCAGAUGUUACAGCAUCAGUUCCCCUCUGUACAGUCUAACGCUGCUGCUUAUUUACAACAUUUAUGCUUUGGAGACAAUAAGAUAAAAGCUGAGAUAAGAAGACAAGGAGGGAUACAAUUACUGGUGGAUCUAUUGGACCAUCGAAUGACAGAAGUCCACCGUAGUGCCUGUGGGGCUCUGAGGAACUUGGUAUAUGGGAAAGCUAAUGAUGACAACAAAAUUGCUUUGAAAAACUGUGGGGGAAUUCCAGCACUAGUACGGUUACUCCGAAAGACUACAGAUUUGGAAAUCAGAGAACUGGUCACAGGAGUUCUCUGGAAUCUGUCUUCUUGUGAUGCACUGAAAAUGCCAAUUAUCCAGGAUGCUCUAGCAGUGUUGACCAAUGCAGUGAUCAUUCCUCAUUCUGGGUGGGAAAAUUCCCCCCUUCAGGAUGACCACAAAAUUCAACUUCAUUCAUCACAGGUGCUGCGCAAUGCCACUGGGUGCCUAAGGAAUGUCAGCUCUGCUGGAGAAGAAGCUCGGAGAAGAAUGAGAGAAUGUGACGGACUUACUGAUGCAUUGCUUUAUGUGAUUCAGUCUGCUCUAGGAAGCAGUGAAAUUGAUAGCAAGACCGUUGAAAACUGUGUGUGCAUUUUAAGGAACCUCUCAUAUAGACUUGCUGCAGAAACAUCUCAGGGACAGCAAAUGGGGACUGAUGAACUUGAUGGUUUACUUUGUGGUGAUGCCAAUGGGAAAGAUGCUGAAAGUUCUGGAUGCUGGGGCAAGAAAAAGAAGAAAAAGAAAUCUCAAGAUCAGUGGGAUGGAGUUGGCCCUCUCCCUGACUGUGCAGAACCACCAAAAGGAAUCCAGAUGCUAUGGCACCCAUCCAUAGUCAAACCCUACCUCACACUUCUCUCUGAGUGCUCAAAUCCAGAUACACUGGAAGGGGCAGCUGGUGCGCUACAAAAUUUGGCUGCAGGUAGCUGGAAGUGGUCAGUAUAUAUACGUGCUGCAGUACGGAAAGAAAAAGGCCUGCCUAUACUAGUAGAACUUCUUCGAAUAGACAAUGAUCGGGUGGUAUGUGCGGUUGCAACAGCUUUACGGAAUAUGGCCUUAGAUGUCCGAAAUAAAGAACUAAUAGAGAUCAACAUCAGACCUACUUCAGAAAUUAAGAUUAACAGGUUCUCUAGUCCCCUAGACAUAAUCAAGCACUCACCAAAAGUAGUGAAGGCAGCAUCUCAGGUCUUAAAUAGCAUGUGGCAAUACAGAGAUCUGAGAAGUCUAUACAAAAAGGAUGGAUGGUCGCAGUAUCAUUUUGUAGCUUCAUCAUCAACGAUAGAGAGGGAUAGGCAAAGACCGUAUUCUUCCUCACGCACACCUUCCAUCUCUCCAGUGCGCAUGUCUCCCAACAAUCGUUCAGGUAAGACCAGAUAUACAUAAUUGAAUAAUUAGGGAA